GAUGAUGAGAUGCUAGUACUGGCUCGGAGUCAGCCACAACACUCAAACAUCACCCACCACAUAAAACCUUACAACCUUAAACGUGUUAAACCAUAAUCUUUGAAAAACUCGAACUUGUUAAUGGUGUGAACCUUUGAAAGUCUCCAUUUCUCUCAAUGGCUUCUUCUACUUGUGCUCUCUCACCUUCUGCCAGAUUACAACUCACCAAAACCACCCUCGCUGCUCCACUCUCUUUCUAUCACCGUCAGUCUUUGAAGCAAGUGUCAAAUGAGCAGAAGGGGUUUUGCUGUGAAGGGGAUCGUGGCUUCUGGAGUUUCAGUCAUGGCUUCUACUCUAACUGCAGAACCUGAGCCAGCUCAAGGUUCGGAAAGACUACCAUUCAAACCAGAAGGGUACAAUUAUUGGACUUGGAGGGGUCAUAAAAUACACUAUGUUGUGCAAGGAGAAGGAUCUCCUAUUGUCCUUAUUCAUGGCUUUGGAGCAUCUUUGUUCCACUGGAGGUACAACAUUCCAGAAUUGGCUAAGAAACACAAGGUUUAUGCCAUAGACUUGCUUGGAUUUGGGUGGAGUGAGAAAGCACUUGUUGAUUAUGAUGCCAUGGUGUGGAAGGAUCAAGUUGUGGACUUCAUGAAGGAAAUAGUAAAAGAACCAGCGGUUUUAGUUGGAAACAGCCUUGGAGGAUUUACUGCUUUGAUCUCAGCAACUGGGUUGCCUGAGCUUGUCAACGGAGUUGUUUUACUGAAUUCUGCAGGACAAUUUGGUGAUGGGAACAAGGAAAGUAAAACUUCUGAAGAAACAUCUCUACAAAAGUUUAUCCUAAAACCUCUAAAGGAAGUUUUCCAGCGUGUAGUUCUUGGAUUUUUGUUCUGGCAGGCAAAGCAACCAGCUCGGAUUGAAUCAGUCUUAAAGAGUGUGUAUGUAAAUUCUUCUAACGUGGAUGAUUAUCUUGUGGAAUCUAUAAUGAAGCCAGCUGAAGACCCCAAUGCUGGAGAAGUUUAUUACAGGUUAAUGACGCGAUUCAUGACGAAUCAGAGCAAGUACACUCUAGAUACUGUUUUAAGCCAACUCUCUUGCCCCUUGCUUUUAGUCUGGGGUGACCUUGACCCAUGGGUUGGUCCAGCCAAAGCAAAUAGAAUCAAAGAGUUCUAUCCAAAAACAACCGUUGUGAACUUGCAGGCAGGGCAUUGUCCACAUGAUGAGGUACCAGAGCUUGUGAACAAGGCCUUAUUGGAUUGGUUGAGCACACUCACUCCUGAAGUGUCUCUCCAAACAGUUUGAACUUGUAUAUUAUUGUAAAGCGCCAAUUAAAAACAAAUUAUUGACUAAGUUUCUACAUGUUGUGGGUAAGUCAUCACCAUUCACCAUACAUUGUAUACAGAAAGCUGGUUUGAGAUAUUCAGGAUAGGGGAAUGUGACCAGAAUACACUAUGGUCAUGUUUCUGCAUACGUGAACUUUUUUGAAGCCCAUGUAUGCAUUUAUUUCUUUCAUAUAACUUUCUUUGUCCUUAAUCAAUUAAGUUAUGCAUUUGCACUA